AUGGGAAUAAUCAUAGUAUUAAUCUAAUUCAUCGUAACUGCCUUAAGCUAAACUAAUAAUUCAAUCGAUUGCAAUAAAUAUUUCUAUAAAUUUGGAACUACUGAGUCACCUCUUGUUUUUAGUGGAGAUGUAGUUUAUAUUUAGGAAUCUCAGCAGGUCUAAAUUAAUGCGAAAUAUACUGAUGUUCUAUUUGAAGAUCCAAUUUAUUUUGGUUUUAUUGAAGAAGAUGGAAAGCCUCCAGAAACAACAUGUCUAAAACUCGCAGUUCAUCGCUUAGAUAAUACUCCUUAAAUAAUAUAAAGUUUAUCUAUUAUAACUUCAAAUAAUAUCAUUAAUUAAUGGAGACAUUAUUCGUUUAAAUUACCAUUACCAAAAUUAAAUAAUCAAGAUGUUUCCACCAAAAAUUAAAAAAUUCGUGCAUAUAAUGGAUCCUAUUCAAUUAAUUUUGAAUCAACUCAGCAAAGAGAUUUUAAAUAUGUAUUUAUCUUUAAUUUCAUUAUCACUGUCGAUAGUCAAACUGAGCUCCUUAUCGAUACCAAGUUUUAAACUUAAAUUGAAAUUAAUUAAUCACUUAUCAUACUUCCUGUAUCUAAACUAUUAUGGUGUGCUGACCUUGCUUGUGAAACUCAUUUGAAUGAAUCUCCAUUUCUCAAAUUGAAUGAUUUAUUUGCUAUAAAAUAAGUAAUCGUAGAUAGUCAAAUUAGUAAUUAAAUAAUAGAAAAUAUUAAAGUUGAAAUUAUAGGUAAAUCACUUUAUCGGAAAGAAAAACCAAUGAAUUUGAAUAAUAAAACUCCAGGAUAAGUUAUAAUUUAAUUGAAAGUACCAAUAUAUUGGAAAAAUGUAAGUAUCAAGGUUACUUCAGCAAUAUCAGGAAAACCUUUUAUUUAUGGUUUUGAAAAUACUAUUGAUACUAGCUUUAAUUCUCUUGAUUAGUCCUGUGUUGAUGGAACUCAAAUUAAAUCAGUUGACUCUGAAUUAAGAUGGUGCUCUGAUAUUACAUGUUAAAAAAUUUUGGAAUAAACUCCGAGUUUGCACAUUAAUGAUUUUGUUUAUAUUUAAUAAUUAGUUAAUUGCUCAGCCUGUCAAAACUACUUUUUGACUCAUACUGAAGUAUGGUUUGCCAAUGGUGGAUUAAAUAAAAAAACAAAUUUAGUUGAAAUUAUUAAUAAUACCAAAGGAUAAGUUAAUAUGAAAUUAAAAAUUGAUGUAGUUUGGAAUAAAGUUUCAAUUAAAGUUACUUCAUUUUUAAGUGAAACCUCAGAUCAAGAUGAAGACGAAGGGUCAAACUUACUUGACUCUUUAUAAGCCACCCUUGAAAUCGAAUGUACAAAACCUGAAGGAAAGGAGGUUUGUGCAACUUGCGAAGAAUAAUGCAACAUAAAUGGGUAUUCCGAUGAUACUUGCGGAUUUUGCAAUAGUUAUGGAUUCUUAACAUUUUUAAACAUGAUAUUAUUGUUUGCCUUAACUAUUUGA